GUCCCUCCUGCUCCACCCUUUUCCUCUGCUUCAGUGGAGCGCUGACAGCCACACAGCUCACCUCCACCUGUUCACCUUCAUGUCCAACAUUAAGGGUCUUCUUCAACCUGAUGAACCACCCUCAUCCUCUUGCUUGUGCGAUGCAGAAGGGUGACACGUGGCAUGGUGGGGCUGCCAUGGGGUCCUUGAACAAUAUGGAGAGCGCCGGAAGCUACGACAGUGUGAUCAGUGUGAACUCAGGCUGUAGUGAGGACAGCCUGGAGCACUUAUCUGCAGAGGAGAGGGCGUGCCUCAUGUUUCUGGAGCAGACCAUCGAAGCACUGGAGGUGCAGGAAGACAGUGGACUGUCCAACGACGAACCAGACUCUGGACAUCUUGCAAAGAAGAUGGCUCUGAAUGAAGUCACCGAUGUUUCUGGUUUGAACUUUGAGUCUGGAAUGAACCACAGUCGUGAGACCUUGCCCCUGCUGCUGGUAGACUUACCAGCUGAGGAGGAAUGCAGAACGCUAACCGAGGAAAAUCUAGCUGAGCAUCUUCUCAAUCACACUUACGAACCAGACGUUUCCAGUGACGCCAGCACGGAAACUCGGGAAGCUUCUGUGAAUACCACACCAGAACUCCAGCUUCUCGCUGCCGACUCACUCACUAUCUCACCAGAUACUAAAGGGCUGUGUUUACCUCCCAUUGACGACUCUCUAAACACACUCGCCUGCACUACUCCUGAGAUAGAUCUAGAUCUCAUCCCCCCUCCGUCUGACUUUAUGGAUGACCCAAGAUUUGUUCCAGAGCCGAACAUUGUCAGUGUCAAAGCACCUCCUGUCACCAGUAGCAGCAGGCCAGUAUCUGUUGACUUGAAUCAGUUAUACCAGAGAGCAUUGGAGAAGAGAGCUCCUGCCAGCUCCCCUAAUAAGCAGAACCCUCCAGAGAAGCUCCCGAUAGAAGCCACUUUGAAUUCACCUGCUUUGGCGUUUGCUCCCCCAGUCGUCCUUCUCCCUGAAGGCACAGAGCUCAGGAGAACAUCCUCUUUGGCUACCAAGCCAAAGAGUCUUUCUAACAUAGUUCUCACGCCACACAAUACUCCAGAACCAGAAUCAAAUUCACCCACUGGCAACAGCAACCAUGAAAGAGUCCACCUUGAGGCGCUCCGGAAGCUCGGGCUGCUCAAAGGUGAUGUCAAAGGUCUUUCUCCUAAAACUCGAAAGUCAUGGGCUGAUCCUUCAUCUCCAAGUAGUCCAGCAGAUCUGAGUCCAGCCAAGUUAACGCCAUCGUAUACCUCCAUCAGCACCCCGCACCUUGCAUCUGACGUUCUGCUUUCACCCACCACCUUCAGUGACACUGCCAGGCCUCUCUCGUUAUAUCACGAACAAUCUCCUGUGAAACACGUUUUAAAGAGUCCACCUGAUGCUGUCAAGUUAAGAUCCCCUCCUCGAACACCUUCAGACCUGGUCAAGCAGUUAACCAAGGCCACAGGUGCUCAGCCAGGUGUACAGGCGCAAGCCGACAGCCGCAUAGAUCGUCCUGUGUCCUAUCACGAAGGCAUCAGCGUCGAGCAGUGCCUCAGUCACGCCACCAGACAUGACUUUCGGAGGCGCAGGUCUACCCACACAAACCUCCAACACUCGGGAGACUCUCACAAGGUGCCGCGCUCGCAAGGCGUCAGUGUGAUGAUCUGCCCUAGGGAUGAAAACGGAGUGGGCCGCCGUGACGCACUAAAGAAGCUCGGACUGAUCAGGGACUGAUACUGCACCGCUACCCUCUCACCCAAAACACAAGUUCCUUACACAUAAUAUGUACAUAGAUAGACUACAUACACAGAUACAGUAUAUGACACUAUUCACCUCUACAUACCUGAUAACCUGCCUCAUAUGGCCCUUUUGCACAGUAUGUCUAUUAAAACUGUCAGUCAAGCACUCAGGGAGUGAUAAUAUUUACUGUACCUCUGAGUGAAGUCAUUUAACCUCAAGUGAAAAUGAAAGCUGUCUGCUUUUACAAAGCGUCCUUGUUUGACUGAUUGAUGUCUUUUUUUUUUUUUGUCAUGACCACAAACAUGCAAUGUUUUAUUAUUAUGCGUCUUAAGAUCAUCAAGGUGUCUGAAAGCAGAAAACGAUAUAUUUGCUUGUACUACUUAGAGUACUUAGACACAAUUUGUAACACAAAAUACGAAGACAGCAGUUGCAGCGGGGUUCGGAAUAUGCAACAUAGUUUGCAUGGUUGCACAGAGAGAAAGAGUACCGGAGUGUCACCUGCACCGCUGUUAGUCGCUUUACAGCUGUAGGACGUUAGAGAGGUUGUCGUCAUGUAGAUUUACUAAUAUUUCGUGUGUUAGUAAUGUCAAGUCAUACAUCGAGGCGCCAGUUUCUGGCUCGCCUCUGUUGGGUUUAUCUGAUGCGAUGGCGCAAGAACCGGUGCAACCCGUUUCCUCCACAUUCACCUUUGUUGUUCAUGAUGCACAUUAAGGAACUGGCGGGCUGUCUGAACAGCACGUUAUGGCUGCUGAGAGUGGAUUCCGCCUUUCCUGUUCUGUUCAGUCUUAAUGUUGUUUGGCUCUAUGGGGAAAAAACAACCUCAGGCUCAGAUUUUUUUAUUUGGCUGCAGUAGGGACACUACUGUAGGGACAGGGCUGCCACUCCCUAAACGCACAACACACGCUCUGCGCCGGGCCCCACGAUCCGUGGGGUGCCCCAUUUUGUCCAAGGGGCAAGAUGAGUAAUCUGACACAGCACUCGCUUCUGCAUUGAUUGAUGGCGUGCUGCGGAAUAAGAGAAUAAAAUGGCAGAAUUCACUUACUCGCCUGUCAACCCCUGGUGGUGUAAUGGUACAGCUGCUACCUUUUAAGGCUCCGGUUUUAUCCCAGGCCUGAACAUUUUUUUUGUUAAUUUAUUUUUGCAUAAAAAAUAAUUUAUUGAACAAUUUGUUUGCCAUGUGCAGUGGAACAUCAUUAAGCGUACGCCCCGGUUAAAAUGUUAUUUGGUUAAUUUACGCCACAAAUUUGCCUCGGUUUGCGUGCCUUCUCUGGUUAGUGUACAACAUGGUGCGCGUCUCGUCGUGUUGUUAAUACACUGCGUGCGUCUAACUGUGUUCUUAAUGUAUUUGUAGCACAAAACAUUCGUGCUAGCAUCCUAUUAGUUUGCCACUACAUGAAAACAGGAACCGGAAGUCAGCUGCGUCGCCUGUCUGAUGUCAGCAGCAGUCUCAAAAAUGUGAAAACAAAACGUUUCUAGUAGUUUUACAAUUAUAGUUUCCAUGUGUAAACAAUUCUAAAUGCAUAUAAAUGACAAAUGAAAGGGUUUAAUGAACAUUUAAGGUUACUUUUACCUUCAUGAAGACGUGACUGUUUCCAAAGGCACGAUGUGGCAGCAACAUCGAUACGGACGGACAGGCCGAACACCUUCGUGUUUUGUCGUAACUUAUUUCUUGAAUUCAGUGGUGUUUCUCACCUUCUUUAUCAAUGCUGGCACACAAUUUUCACAAAGUCACUUUUUUUUUGUUUUUUUUUUCCUUACCAAACAUCACCACCUUUUGUGUAACAGUAAAAUCUCCAUGUUAUUUGUUUUCGUACACUUGUCCUGUAAUGCAACUCUUUAUUUUUAUACAUUUCCUUUAAACGUGCACAUAGUUUGAUGCGUAGUUUGAUGCAACAAGUGCAAAUGACCCCAUCUACCUUACUACAGAAUAUUAUUGAAUUCAAGAAAUCACUCUUCGCAAAACAGGUAUGUGGUUCCUGUGUUGAUCUCGCUGCCACGUCGUGUCCUGAGGAACAGUCACGUCACGAAUCAGGUCUUCAGUGAAGGUGAAAGUCAUCUUAAAUGUUCAUUGAUUCAUUUGUCAUUUACAGUGGUGUGAACAACUUCCUGAUUUCUUUUUUUUUUUUUUGCAGGUUUGUCGCACUUAAAAUGUUUCAGAUCAUCAAACAAAUUUCAAUAUUAGUCAAUGACAACACAACUGAACACAAAAUGCAGUUUUUAAAUGAAAGUUUUUGCUGUAAAGGGAGAAAAAAAAAUCCACACCUACAUGGUCCUGUGUGAAAAAGUGAUUCCCCCCCUUAAGAAAGUAAUUGAGAACUUUCAGUCUGGAAAAGGUUAUAAAGCAUUUGUAAAGCUUUGGGACUCCAGCAAACCACAGUGACAAAUGGCGAAAACAUGGAACAGUGGUGAACCUUCCCAGGAGUGGCAAGCCAACCAAAAUGACCCCAAGAGCAACCCCAUAGCAACGACUCAUCCAAGAGCUCACGAAAGACCCCACAACAACAUUCAAAGAACCGCAGGCCUCACUUGCCUCGGUUAAGGUCAGUGUUCAUGACUCCACCAUAAGAAAGACAUGGCAGACAUGCACGGCAGAGUUCCAAGACGAAAACCACUGCUGCACAAAAAGAACAUUAAAGCUCGGCUCAAUUUAGCCAGAAAACAUCUUGAUGAUCCCCAAGACUUGGGACGUGGUAAAAUACUCUGUGUCUGACGAGACAAAAGUUGAACUUUUUGGAAGGUGCGUGUCCCAUCACAUCUGGUGUAAAAGUAACGCUGCAAUUCAGAAAAAGAACAUCAUACCAGCAGUAAAAUACGGUGGUGGUAGUGUGAUGUUCUGGGGCUGUUUUGCUGCUUCAGGACCUGGAAGACUUGCUGUGAUAAAUGGAACCAUGAAUUCUGCUGUCUACCAAAAAAAUCCUAAAGGAGAAUUUCGUGACCUCAAGGUGAAACCAACUUGGGUUCUGCAGCAGGACAAUGAUCCAAAACACACCAGCAAGUCCACCUCUGAAUGGCUGAAGAAAACCAAAAUGAAGACUUUGGAGUGGCCUAGUCAAAGUCCUGACCCGAAUCCUAUUGAGAUGCUGUGACAUGACAUAAAAAAGGCGCUUCAUGCUGGAAAACCCUCCAUUGUGGCUGAAUUACAACAAUUCU